CGUUCGGUCUGUACAUCACCACACUGAAGGAGUCCACCAAGACAUUCGACGAAGCCACCGAGGCCGUGAAGAUCUUCCAUCGGGCUAUUGCGGAGGGUGUUGAGCCUACGUCCUUCCUGUACAACGCCCUGAUCGGCAAGCUCGGAAAGGCGCGUCGUAUCGAUGACUGCCUGUCCUACUUUGCAGAGAUGCGCGCGAAUGGUGUGCGCCCGACGAGUGUGACUUAUGGCACGAUUGUCAACGCUCUGUGCCGGGUCAGCGACGAGCGCUUCGCCGAAGAGAUGUUUGACGAGAUGGAGUCGAUGCCCAACUACAAACCGCGUCCUGCCCCCUACAAUUCCAUGAUCCAGUACUUCCUGAACACGAAGCGUGAUCGUAGCAAGGUGCUGGCCUACUACGAGCGCAUGCAGUCCCGGAAAAUUGAGCCGACCAUGCACACCUACAAGCUGCUCAUCGAUGCCUACGCGUCCCUGGAGCCCGUGGACAUGGAUGCAGCGAAUAAAGUUCUUGACACGAUCAGGGCGACGGGCCAGCGUCCCGAAGCGGUUCACUACGCUUCGCUGAUUCAUGCCAAGGGAUGUGUGCUGCAUGACAUGGCGGGGGCUCGCGAGGUCUUUGAUUCAGUGAUUGCUAAUCCCGAAGUGCAGCCCCAGCCGUGCCUGUAUCAAGCGCUCUUCGAGGCCAUGGUGGCCAACCACCAGGUUGCGGCUACAGAUGAGCUCAUCAAGGACAUGGAGAGCCGUGGCGUGGAAAUGACUCCGUACAUUGCAAACACACUCAUCCACGGCUGGGCCGCGGAGGGUAAUAUCGACAACGCUCGUGCUAUCUAUGACAGCGUGGGUAUGGAGAAGCGUGAGCCCAGCACAUAUGAAGCGAUGACCCGGGCCUUCCUGGCUGUCGAGGACCGUCCGAGCGCGGCCAAGGUGGUUGGGGAGAUGCUUUCCCGCGGAUAUCCGACUGCGGUAGCCAACAAAAUUGUUGAACUUGUUGGCGGUGGCGCUCCGGCGAUGGUGGCCGCGUAA